AUCCCACUCAUCCUCUUCCUCUGAUAAAACUCUGACCAGUACUGAUAAAGUCUUUCUUCAUAAAAGCCUAGAGGCCUUUGGGGGGGAGUGCUUGAAAAAGAAGGGGACAAAGGAGAACUGAUAUGAAGAGGAUUUUCCAGUCCGUUUCGGGUUGUUGGUCCAGAAAGAUGCCACAGUUCCUGCUUCUCACCUGCCUCUUCAUCACAGUCACCCCUGUGUCACCAAUGGCCCUGGACCCUUGUUCUGCUUACAUCAGUCUGAAUGAGCCCUGGAGGAACACUGACCACCAAUUCGAUGAGUCUCAAGGUUCACCUCUGUGUGAUAACCACGUGGAUGGGGAAUGGUACCGCUUCACAGGCAUGGCAGGAGAUGCCAUGCCCACCUUCUGCAUACCAGAAAACCACUGUGGAACCCAUGCACCUGUCUGGCUCAAUGGCAGCCACCCUCUAGAAGGUGAUGGCAUUGUGCAACGCCAGGCCUGUGCCAGCUUCAAUGGGAACUGCUGCCUCUGGAACACUACGGUAGAGGUCAAAGCUUGCCCUGGAGGCUACUACGUGUAUCGCCUGAUGAAACCCAGUGUCUGCUUUCAUGUCUACUGUGGUCAUUUUUACGACAUCUGUGAUGAGGACUGCCAUGGCGACUGCGCAGACACCAAUGCGUGCACAUGCUCUCCAGGAACUGUGCUGGGCCCCGACAGGCAGACAUGCUUUGAUGAAAACGAAUGUGAGCAGCACAACGGUGGCUGCAGUGAGGUCUGUGUAAACCUCAAAAAUUCCUACCGCUGUGAGUGCGGGGUCGGCCGUGUGCUGAGAAGCGAUGGCAGGACCUGUGAAGACAUUGAAGGAUGCCACAAUAACAAUGGCGGCUGCAGCCAUUCUUGUCUUGAGUCUGAGAAGGGCUACCAGUGUGAAUGUCCCCGGGGCUUGGUGCUGUCUGAAGAUAACCACACUUGCCAAGUCCCUGUGUUGUGCAAGUCAAGCACCAUUGAAGUGAGCAUCCCCAGAGAGCUGGUUGGCGGCCUGGAACUCUUCCUGACCAACACAUCCUGCCGAGGAGUAUCCAAUGGCACCCAUGUCAACAUCCUCUUCUCGCUCAAGACGUGUGGCACAGUUGUUGAUGUGGUGAAUGACAAGAUCGUGGCUAGCAACCUUGUGACAGGUCUACCCAAGCAGACCCCGGGGAGCAGCGGGGAUAUCAUCAUCCGGACCAGCAAACUGCUGAUCCCGGUGACCUGCGAAUUUCCACGCCUGUACACCAUUUCUGAAGGCUACGUUCCCCACCUUCGAAACUCCCCACUGGAAAUCAUGAGCCGAAAUCAUGGAAUCUUCCCAUUCACCCUGGAGAUCUUCAAGGACAACGAGUUUGAAGAGCCAUACAGGGAAGCCUUGCCCACCCUCAAGCUUCGCGACUCCCUCUACUUUGGCAUCGAGCCCCUGGUGCAUGUGAGUGGCCUAGAAAGCCUGGUGGAGAGCUGCUUUGCCACGCCCACGGCCAAGAUCGACGAGAUCCUCAAAUACUACCUUAUCCGGGAUGGCUGUGUUUCAGAUGACUCCGUAAAGCAGUACACAUCCCGGGAUCACCUAGCAAAGCACUUCCAGGUCCCUGUCUUCAAGUUUGUGGGCAAAGACCACAAGGAAGUGUUUCUGCACUGCCGGGUUCUUGUCUGUGGGAUGCUGGAUGCGCGUUCACGCUGUGCUCAAGGCUGCCACCGGCGCAUGCGUCGCGAGGCCGGAGGCGAGGACGCGGCGGGUUUGCAGAGCCAGGUGCUGACCGGCGGCCCCAUCAGCAUCGACUGGGAUGACUAGCUCGUUACAGCACCGGAGCCCUAGCUUCGGGCUACCCUCCUCCUUGGAACGUCUCUCCUUGCCCUCUAAGGACAUCCAUGGGUCUCCUAAACUCUUCAGACCUGUUACUGUGAGUUUAGACGGACUCCCGAAGCCUCCUCGCUCAAAUUCGGGCCCGUGGGUGAGUGCAGACGACGGCAUUGCUGAAUGACGUGGCCUGGUGGGCUCAGUCUUCCUAAUGUCCAAAGUCGAGCUGUCUACACAGCAAGGAGCUCACCCCAGUUCCCCUGUUUUUCCUACACUUAAAUACCUCGUGUAUGACGCAGUAGGACCACUAAAACGAGGAGUAUGUCAAGUUAGAAACCUAAAACAUUUAAAUAGUUACCAAAAUUAUUUGACUAGUUUAAUUUUGACUCUUUAAAUAUGUAAAUAGUAAUUACACCCUAGAAUUCGAUUCAAAUACAGAACAGUUACAGGUGAUUUGGAAGUUUAUCAAUAAAACGAUGUAUAAUUUUUUAAAAUAUCAUUUGGUUCUCUACAUAAUAUUUUCCUUUGGUGUUUUAUAUUGCCUUAUGUAGAGUAUUUUCACUCACGCACAUGCAUCUAAGUGAUUCAAUGACUGAAUUGUAAACAAAAUUAAAGUUUGUACCAUAGGCCCUAUUAUUUGGUAUUCUGUGCCAUCAGGCUGAUAAGACAAUUAAAAAAGAAAGGCAUGAAAUUAUACCAUACUCUGUUUUGUAGGUGCUUAAUGAAUUUUAUUGAAAUAAAUAUUAUAAACCACAAAGAUUAAUUUUAUCUACAAUUAAAUCCAAUUUCUUUGUUUUUUUUAGAGAUUUUUGGCUAUAGGGCAUGU